AUGAUGGGUAUGAUAUGGGUGGUGUUAUUGGUGGCCUUGACCGGCUCACACUUGGGACACUGUUCGCCUCUCCGAUCAACGCCGCAAACCUACCCUCAUGAUGCGAGUUCCCAGUCUCAAUUGGAGAGCUGGGGCUCCCAGGGCGGCAUGUACGCGGCGGUGCCUGCGCUGGCGCUCCUCAUCACCGCUGUCGGUCUGCUCCUUGGUUGCACCUGGUGUUACCGACAUAAGGAUUGCAAGCCGAACGAAGGAGCGGACAAUCAGCUAUUCACUGCAAGCGCGACACACCUGCACGAUGGUCGUCGGGCCCAUCCGCCGGACUCGGGGUUCGUGGAGCCCGUCAACAACAACAUCAGUGAGGACAACAACAACGGGCCGAUAUCUCUCCGCGAGAUGCAGAACAUUGCCAACAACAACGCGGCCGCGUACAUCGUGAGUGAGAACGAGGAGAGGAACAGAGUCAGCAGGGAGUCCGUGGUCGAGUUCGAACCACUGCCCACCGGGAUACGGGUUGCGGACCCAUUGGAGCACUGCGCUGAUUGGUUUGGCGAAGAAGAUUUCCCGCGCAACAGAUUGCAGUAUCUUCGAGAGAUUGGCAGAGGAUGGUUUGGAAGAGUGGUUGAGGGUGAGGUUGAAGACAACGGGUCCACGAGCACAGUGGCGGUCAAGAUCCUCAACCAGAAUGCCAGCUUGGAGGAUAAGGCGCGCUUCCUGGACGAAGCCAAAAUGUACCGCGAUGUCCGACACGAGAACAUACUGGCUUUCAUCACCAAAUGUCUCCAGGAAGACCCUUGGAUACUCAUAUUCGAACUUUGUUCUAUGGAUCUUCAGCAGUACUUGAUAGUGAACCGUCCUAAGAUGGCCAUACUGAACGAGAGCGGAGUGCCACUUCGUCUCAUGUGUGACGUCAGUUCUGCGCUCGCGCACCUGCACUCACGAGGCUUUUUAUAUGGCAACGUAUGGUGCGGGUCGGUGCAGGUGCGCGGGGCGAGUGAGAGCGCGCGCGCGGUGCUGGGCCAGUACGGGCCCGCCGCGCCGCCCUACCACCUGCCCGCGCCAGAGACUCGGGCGCAGCCACCGCUGUAUACUGCCCAAAGUGAGUCUUGGUGUCUGGGCACGUUAAUAUGGGAGGUGUGUGCCUGGGGCGCCUCGCCAGACAGACUGCCGCCGCCACUGCCAGACCUGCCCUGUCCUUAUAGGAAUCAUCUCUACCAAGUGAUGCAGCUGUGCUGGAGCGAGCAGGCGUCGAGUCGUCCGACGGCGGCGCAGGUGCAGGCGCUAGUACUGCACCUGUACUGCAGCACACGCGACCUGCCCGAGCCCAGGGACGACGGAUACGGCAGCUCCGACUUCGAGGAGCGCUGGCAGAGACUCAAACCCAACUCUAUACCCAAGCACGACGAGCACCGCGCCAUCGUACACACACACGACGACCUCAGCGUCGACAUGGACACCGCCGUAUCGCGCUCCAGUAGCAUCAUGUCCGACAAGGACAUGUCCGUGCAGAUCAAAUCAGAAAGCUUGACCAACCUCCACGGCUCACUAGAAGAUGUCAGGAACAUCUACCUCACCCACAACGAGACCGCCACGCUGGAAUGCCACCAAGGCAACAUUAGUCUCGAAGACGCCAGGGAGAAGGAGCAGGACCGCUCCGACGCCUCCAUGGACCCCUGGCUCAAGGAUAUCAUAGCUGGCAGCACAGAUGACGUCAGCUAUUACAAAGAUGUCAGUGACGUCAUCAAGAAUCUCGAUAAUAUACUAAAUUCUGAAAAAACUUCAAGUUCAGAGUCGAGUCAUCAAGCUAGUCCCUCUAGGGACAAUCUAAGCUUGGACUGCAAGAAGGAUUACCCGAUGCAAUCCAGUAUGGUCAAGUCUCCCGGUAUCACGAAUUUCCAGAAUAUUCUAGAUACUGGAUUCAGUUCAAAGUCAGAGGAAACUGAGACGGGCGAUGACGACGAGCUCGACCGCGACACUAUAGGCACGCUGAGCCACUCGUUCGAGCGACACAGUGAGCUCGACACUACCAGCCAACACACGCUAGAGAAUCUCACACCUGACACGCCAAUAAAAGACAUAGACGUCGUCAGAAGAAUUGAAAUUCAAGUGGAAGUGGAGAGGGUCGAUAUAAACAAUGUUUUAGUUAAUAACGAACCAGUUGAGUCCGUACAUCAACACACAGAAUUGCCAAAUGAUAACAAAAUAGUGAGUAGUGAUAGUGAAAUACCCAAGCUGAAGGAAUUAUGUGUAGCGUCAAUACCUAGUGCUAGUGAUAUCGAACAAUUGAAUGUUAAAGACUGUCAAACAUCAUGUGAUAGUAACUUAAAAGAAAUAAGUACUGAUAUUAAGAAUGAAACUAAGUCAAUAGAUGAUGUAGGGAAGGUUGAAGAUACGCCUCGUGAAGUAGAGAGUAAGGAUUCUUUAGAUAAGAUCGAACUGGAACAAAUGGUAGAUGAUAUAUUCUUGCCUAUAUUGGUACAUGGCAAAACAACUAGUAAAGUAGAACAAUCACAAGAUGAAUCAGCUGAGGAAAAGCUAGAAGAGAAACCAGCUAAACAUGAAGAUAGUGAUAAUGAAAAAGUCCUAGAUAGUGAUCUCAUAAAAGUAACUGAAAGUUCUGAAGCCUUUGGAAACUCGAAAGAGGAUAGUUUAGGUGAAGUGAGCGAUUUAGAGCCAUCAGAGCUCCUAUCUCCGGAACAGACGCCUGAGUCAGUACAAAGUAUGAGUAAUAUAGAAAGCUCUAACUUGAAUGAAACAAAAGAGACUGAAAUACCAGUAAUCUUAAUAGAGGAAGUGAAAUCUCCAACGCCAGAAUUGCCACCUGAAAUAGUACAAAGUAUUUUUAAGGACGAUAAUGAUACAGAAAGUGCCACUGUCAGAGAUGAAAUUGAAGAUGCUAUGAAAGAAGAUGAUAAGCCUGGUAUAAGAAUACAGGAGGUCCAAUACCAAAAUGCAAUAAUAAAGGAAGAAAUUAAUACUUCUGUGGAACAAGUGGUCAAGGAAACUGAUGAUUCCACAAACAAUAGAAAUAUUUAUGAAGAAAUCUCAUCUGAACCUAUCAUAGACCCAAACAAUUACUCCAGUUAUGUUACAAAAGCUGCAACAAAUGUAGUGAAAGAUGUUUCUGAUUUCCUUUUGGAAGAACGAAAGAUAUCAAUGUUACAUGAAAUAAAACCUAAAUUGGCAAUUGAGGACAGCCAAUCACCAACAGAUGUAACCAAACACAAUCAAGAAUCUACUUUAUGUGCAGUGCAUAAGACAGAAGAUGUCUUAGCACAAGUUGAAUUUAAUGAAGUAGAGAAAUUAGAAGAAGAAAAUAAGGAUAGUUUACUAGAUGAACUCAAAGAUGCCAAUAUUAUUGAAGAUGCAAAUGUUAGUAACAUUGUCCCUUUACUUUUAGAUAAAGCAUCUCCUAUUACUGUUGACUCUAAAGAAAAUAUUCUAGUUAAGGUAGAAAAUUUUGAACUAGACAAGAGUCCACAAAAAAUUCAACUUGAUGAAUUUACUAUUGAUGAAGAAGUAGCUAAAGUCAUUGUAGAAAAUGUUAGCAAAGAUAUCCCUUUAGUACAGGAUGUCGAGAAAAACGAUGUAGUCAUAAAUAAAAUGGAAAUAAGAGAUGAUAAAAUCUCUACAACUGUAUUUGAAGAAGCUCCAAAACCCCAAGUGGAGCACACAAUCCAUAAAGACGAACCCACAGCUGAUAAUCAUGAAGAAACUGUGAUUUCAGUUAUAGCUAACGUGAGCAUAGAGUCUACAUUGAAAGAGGAUGAUACUGAACAGGCUCCUGAUGAAAUAUUAGGAGCCAUUAUAGAACCAAUCAGUUCCACUCAUGUAGAGAAUGUUAAUGCAGCACUUAAAAAUGAUAAGGUUCCUAUAACAGCUGUUCUAGUAGAGAAAGUUGAGGAUAAUUCUGAUGGUGAUAAAAUUAGAUCUGAUAAUAAUACCCUAGCUGAUACGAGAAUACAUUCAGACAACAGCACUGUGUACAUGGAUCUCAUUAACGAUACUAAUAAUGGAAUACUGAGUGAUAACACCUUAGAUAGUCAUGUAAGAAACGUCAUCAAAUCCUGCCUGGACAAUUCUAGCUCAGACAAUGCAUGCACUCUCGUCAAAAAUGAGUCUACCGAGUACCUAGAUCCUCCUAGUUUUGGUAUUAAGGAUAUAGACAAUUUCUUGCACAUGGAAAAGGUAUUCAACAGCCAGAAUGCUGAAGUUGUCUCCAGUACUCCAUUAGCGAGCGACGGCUCUGCGGAAAUAAAUAGCACGAUCGAGAAUUCCAUCAAAGGGGAACUAUCUGAAACUAAGGUGCCAGACUUCGGGAUGGGAGUGUCUGUCACUAAAUUGGAACAGAGAUAUGUUCCCGACAGCAUGAGCCCUUUUGAGUCUCCAACUAAGAGCCACCACACUGACACUUAUGAUGAAAACAGUUCAGUUGUGCUCGGCCCUUUUGAGAAUUGCACGCUAGAGCUGUUCAAAGGAGCGAAGCCCGCCGAAUUAGUUGACUUGCCCAAAGAAGAGCUACUAGCAUUUUCGUCAAAUUUUAGUGAGAUGAAUCUCGAAACGCCAUCUCCUUUGCGUGACGGAAAUUUUCUAAACGAAGUACCUGAUAUAGUGCACGAUGAUUUACAGUUUGAUGAUGUUCAGAGUUUAAGUGAGAAGCAGUCGGACCCUCAAACAGAGACUCCGAGUGCGCCCAGCGGUAACUCGGGGACGGAGAAGCGAGUGUCUCCCUUAACGCCACCGAACUCCCCUGGAGUGUUUCUAGCUUCGACGUCACAGCAGAAAUAUAUUGUAGACAUUGACCUCACUUCCGAACCAGCACCUCUACAAGAGCCGGACCUCUCACUUCAGAAAGAGAUAGAACUCAACCAAAUAGAGUUACAAAUAACUUCAAAAUUAGCAAUGGCGGAGAAUGAGAAUAAUAUGAACAUCGAAUAUUCUGGGCCUUUGACGGUGGAAGGUUUAGUUUCUGAUGACGAGAUGUUGCUGAGGGAAAGCGAUGCAUUGCCCGAGUCUUACCUGGCGGGGAACGGAGGAUAUGUGGAGGAUAUGAGAGAGGACUUGACUCUGGACGAGGAGUGCGUCAAAGCGCUGAGGAAUGAACUGGAACUGAAGUUGCCGUUGGCACAGGUAGCAGCAAUAGAGCCUCCUUGCGAGCAGGAGUGGUCUGCCGAGCUGCCUCCACCGCCAGAACUUAUCGUCAGCUACCCGGGCGCGCUGAGCCCCAUCGCUGAGGAGACUGGUCAGCAACUGUCGGCGUAUGAGAAUGAUAUGAAUUGGAACCUGUCGACCCGAACAGAAUCUUCAGAGAGCUACCCGGAGCCUUGCAACAACAGCACUGAUGACGUCACGGAGCUGCCUACAGGAGCGCAGACAUACACGAUACAGUCGCGCGACCCAUCGCGCAACCCGUCGCGCGACCAGUCGCAGAACAACACAUACACGCUGCACAGGGAUCUCGACCUUGCCAGCAGUAGAGAAAUUACUAUGAGCGCAGACAGCUUGAACGCCAGCCCUUUUAAAAAGCUAAUGCCUGACAGCGACGCCGACUCACCGAUUGACGACAAAACAUACACGAAGGAAGAAGAGAAAGAGUCCCUCGAGAGGAUAUCGCAAGUGUCGCCCUUUCUGCUGAGCCCCACCACCGACACGUCCGCGCCGGAAAACUCUGAUAACCUCGACAAUGCCACCGGAGUGUCCACUCUAUCCAAGACCACCCUCCCCACAGACGCCAAGCUGUCCAAACCGUCCGAAACACAGUGUCUGUCCAAAGCCACCAGCAUCGACUCGUGGUGCUCCAACGACACUCUGUACAAUGUCGAGGAAAACUUCGACGACCUAGCGAUGGACCCGGACGUGCCCGACUUCGAGCCGGAGAGGGACGAGCACAGCGAGAGUACGGACACGUUAACUCACAACGACGACGAGAAGGAAGUCAGCCACUGCUCGACUUACAUCAUACACGACAGUAAGUCGGAGGCCUGCGAGACCUUCUCGCCGGACUCCAUCACCGCCAACGACAACUACACGUAUACGAAAGUGAAGACUGAUAACGCAGGUACCACGCCGUCCGUACUUACCAAGUCCGACCUGAACGAUUCCACUAAGAACACCACCAAGGACCUGGCAUAUGGUACACUGAUGUCGGGAAUGCCUUCCUACUCCAAUUGUACUACGGAGGUGGUGUCGGGCUUCGAUGACUGGAAGGUGGCUCAACCAGAGCUGGUGAGGAGAUCCCCCAUGCCCGAAGAUAACGACAUCACCCCUCCAAACCCAGUCGAGGACAAGGAGGCUGAUGUCACGAGCCCGCAGCUUGCCACGGAACCUUCCCUCAAGAAAUUAGAGAGUGUCGAGAUUAGCUGCCUACAGGAUAAUCUAAUAGACAGCCGCGAUAAGACAAACCAGUCGGACAGCGACGCUCUAUUAGUAGAUACUAACAGUCCGAACUACAACUACAAAAGCAUGGCACCAUCAGUGACGAGCACUCCACUCAUCGACCUCUUGGAUGAUGCCGAGAAUGUUGAAGGAAUCCCCAUGCAUCUCCCCACAGGUAGCAGGGAGUCCUCGGAAGACAGCGUGCAUGUACCAAACUUCCAGGCCUUCAUACAAUCCGUCGAAGUGAGGCCGCAAGACUUGUCCUCCAAUGUUAGCAAUGAGGGCACCAACCAAGACACGGAGAUCCUGCUGGACGGAGAAAGCAAAACUUUAAGCAGGAACAGCAACCGCGACAGCUUAGCAGUGUCCGAACGUACGCCGACAUAUUCCGACUUUGAAAACUCGGCACUAUCCAAACCACAAGAUGUAAACUCGAAAGAUAAGUCUAGUCAGAGCAUGGAGAGUGGAAUCAGUUCAGAGGAUUUUCAGAAGUUUGAGACCUCUGUGAGAAGCCGUCCACAAGAUCUGUCGUCACUGAUCGACGCCAGCUCCCUGCUACUCAAGAGCGAGAGGAUGUCCAGUGAACUGGCGAUGGGUUCACUGGCCACAGACUUGGAUCAGACCAGUCAGUCAGGAAGCCGAGACAUCGCGAAUGAGCCACAAUCUCACACAAGUCCGCCUAUCGUUACAAAUUUUAACGAAUCUCACAGCUUAGUUAAUUUUAGAGAACCCAAUUUUUUAAUCAAUUUCGAUACUGACGAUGAGACCGAGCAACCGCAUUCGAUUAUAAUUACCGAAACUACGAUGGACGCGUUCAGGGAGAGUCCAAGUAAGAAUUACGACUCGAACGACGUGAACAUAUUAGAUGUUAACCAUGCCUACGAGCCGCACACUAGUAGAUGUCAAGCGCAAGAAGACUUUGAGAAGCUACUAGAACACAAGAUUAACGGAGAGUUGGAUUUUAAAGAAGACAAUCUAAUAAACUGCGAACAUUUGUCGCCGAAAGUAGAAACUGUGUCUGAGAAAACGGACACAACGAACAGUAUAUUUGUAACAGAGGUCCACAGUGCGCCUCACACGUCGAGAGCGAACGACAAGAGUCGUACAGUAAACGAAGUAGACUGCAACGGAGGUAGUGAGAAGUUCGCUACGGUGAACUUCUUGAACGAGACCUUCGAGGAACUUAUCGAGAGUAAUGUAGAUGAUGAGACGAAAGACCCGAAGACUGAGGAACCGCCGAGCGAAGGAAAUGCUUCAGAGAGUUUAAAAUCUAGUGACAGUCCAUUAUUGCAAGACCUGGAGAGUCCGAAAGGGUCGAAGAGUAUAAAGGAUGAACUCCAGGAGAUUGGAGAGCUGACGAACGGAGUUACGGAGGAGAACGGAAGGAUGACCGUGGUCACGGAAGAUUUCCUGCAGAAUGAGAAGAAUUUCUGUCAACUGGACUCGUAUUUUCCGUUGCUGAGUGAUAUAAGAUUCACUGGUCCAGCUACAGAAAUAAUGAGUACAUCAUUCACACAAGACUCUCCGACGGAGCCUGCCUCGCCAGAGUGUCCAGAGAAGCGAGACACGGCCGCUGAACUGCUGAAGGAGUGGGACAGUGACUCUGAUUCUCAUACUAGCAACUCUUCAAGCGGGGAGUUUAUAUGGAAGGACGGCGACGGCCACGAGACCUCAGUCGUACCAUCCACGCACUUCGACCACCAGCGAACAGGGGAGUCUCGCAACAACAGUGGUGGGGAGCGUCACGGAUCCCCUCCAGGCGGGUCUGCGGGCUCCGGCCCUUCGGACGGAUCUGCGGACUCGGGGUCGGGCUCCGAAGGCGAUGAGGUGGAGUUCGUGCCUUCCUCGUGGGACUGUCGCGCGGCCCCUUCUAAGUCAUCACUAAGGAGCUUGGAGCAAGCGACACCGGACAACAAGAAGCGCGUAGUAUUCAAGCGUCAGAAGUACCACUGCGUGUACGAGUACCCGCGCGAGGUGGCAGACAUCGAGGCACACUCGCCCGCCGCCUACCUGCCGGACCUGUCUACUUACUCCGAAUGGGACCCGACCAGUGCUGAGGAAGCUGAGCUGGGUUACGGUCAACUGUUCGGCGCUCCUAGUCCGCUGGACCUCUACCCACUUAGAGCUGGCAUCGCUUUUGGAGCCGAUUACGACGAAGACUUCUUCAUCUCGUCGUCAGCGCGGCCCUUCGAGAGCCUGGGCAUCAUGUCCACCACUAGUCAGUUCUUCCCCGGCAAGCACGUGAAGCCCUCUCUGCUCGAGCGAGACCUCUCCGAUGACCUCACAGAGGAAUUUCCGCCUCCUCCCUCCCCACUCCCUACCACUACACUCAUGCAUACCCGCACCCCCUCUCUGGACUUCACCACGCCAGACUCAGGAGUCGAAGAUAUCACGCCAGGCUCCACCACGGAUGAUGAUUUCAAGAAGAAACUGCCAGAGACGGAGCUCACAUGGAGACCCGUGGACAGCGCCAGCUCUAGCGAGUCAGUGAGUCCGAGCUCCCCGGGGGGCGAGGCACUCGGCGGACUCAGGCACACGCGGGACAAACUCAAGCUCGACCUACCGCCCAGUCCACACAUACCGUCCCCUCGACACAACAGAGUCUUCAACUUCGUGCUGGACAAGCCCAAGCGACGCGAGGACCGCCCCGCAGACCUCGGCACCACACCGCUCGUCAUGACGGACGACACGCCGAUUGUCACCACCUCGCUGCCGCUACAGAAGGACUGCGAGGACCUGCCGGUACCCGAGCCCACCUUCUCCACGUUCGGUAAGAGCCCGCCCAAGGUUGAACCCGAACAGAAACUGAUACUGACGGACGAGGUGGAGGAGAGCAACGAGGUGAAAGUGGAGAGCCCGAAGGUGGUGGAGGCAGUGAAGGGCGAGGGCACCGUGCUCGACAGCGGGGACGAGGACUCCGGCAUCGAGAGCAGCUCCAAGGCCACGCUCGAGCGGAACAAGACCAACGUCUCGUAA